AUGAGCGCCAUCCUCUCCACCGACGACCUCAACGACUUCAUCGCGCCAGGCGUCGCCUGCAUCAAGCCGAUCGAGACGCUCCCCGCCGCCGCUCCUCCCUCCUCCUCCUCCUCCUCCCUCGAGACCGAAGUUAUCCUCGACGGCGACGCCCGCUCCGCCUCCGCCGCGCCGCCACCACCACCCGCCGAAAUCUCCCUCACCGACUGCCUCGCGUGCUCCGGGUGCGUCACCUCAGCCGAGGCCGUCCUCGUGAGCCUGCAGUCGCACGCCGAGGUGCUCGCCACGCUCGACGCCGCGCCGGCCCUGCGCGUCCUCCCGCCCGGCCCCGGCGGCGCGCGGUACACCGUCCAGGGCUUGGAGCAUGACAACGCAAAGCUGCUCGUCGCCAGCGUCAGCCCGCAGACGCGCGCCAGCCUGGCCGCCGCCUGCGGGCCCGGCGUCUCCCCCGCCCGCGCCGGCCGCAUGCUCGAGUCCCUGCUGCGCGGGCCCGCCGGGCUGCCCGGCGGCGGCCGCCACGGCUCCGGCUUCGCUUGGGUCGUGGACACGAACCCGGCCCGCGCCAUGACGCACGUGCUGAGCGCCGACGAGACGCACCCCCACGUCCUCCCGCACCUGUCCCGCGUCAAGUCCCCGCAGGCGCUCGCCGGCACGCUCCUCAAGACGAGCCUCGGCCGCGCCCUCGGCAUCCCCCCGCACCGCAUCUGGCACCUCGCCGUCAUGCCGUGCCUCGACAAGAAGCUCGAGGCGAGCCGCGCGGAGCUGACGGACGAAGCGUGGGCUGCUGCUGCUGCGCCGCACGCCGACGGCCGCCGCCGCCCCGUGCGCGACGUCGACUGCGUCAUCACCAGCAAGGAGGUCCUCAUGCUGGCGGAGAGCAGGGGCCUCGACUUUUUCCAGCUCGCGCGCGCGCCGGGCCCGCCCCCCGCCGCGCCGUUCCCCGAUCCCACGCUCCACAAGUUCCUGUUCCAGCAGCCGUCGGCGCCCGCGCACCGCGCCGCCGGGUCCUCGGGCGGCCUGCUGUACCACAUCCUGCAGGCGCGCGCCGCGCAGACCCCCGGCGCCGCGGUGCGCGUCAUCCAGGGCCGCAACGCCGACGUGGUCGAGUACGUCGUGACCGUCGCGGGCAGCGGCGAAGCGGCGGUGCCCGUCUUCAAGGCCGCGCGGUACUACGGCUUCCGCAACAUCCAGAACCUCGUGCGCCGGCUCAAGCCCGCGCGUCCGUCCCGGAUGCCCGGCGGCAGGCCGUUUGGCAGCAGCAGCGCCCGGCGGCCCGGCGGCGGCGGCGGCGCGUCGUCGCUCGAGUACGGCUACGUCGAGGUCAUGGCGUGCCCGGGCGGGUGCACCAACGGCGGCGGCCAGAUCAAGGUCGAUGAUGCCGUGGUGCGGGAGCGUCGUGGCGGCGGGGGCGGCGUGUCGGAUAAGCCCGGCCCGCAGGAGCAAAAGGCGUGGCUGGCAGAAGUAGACGAGGCCUACUUUUCGGGGGACGAGGGGGGCGAGGUGGACGGGCUGCCGCGUGGUGACGAGGUGCUCGGCAUCUCGCACGCGUAUAUACAUGAUACCCUGGCGUACUGGUCCGACAUGACGGGCAUUGAUUUACAGAAACUGGCAUUCACGACGUACCGCGAGGUGAUUAGUGAUGUGGGCAAGGGGACUGAAGUCGAACGCGUGGUGCAGCUCGCUGGUAAAAUUGGCGGCGGAUGGUAA